CACACACCACCGCUCAAGGCAUAAAAAAGGAGUUGAGCGCGUAUGCAGAAGAGGAAAGGGUAAGGAGAAGAACCAAACUCUGCCAUUGAUUUGUUUUCAUCUUCACAACAACAAUUCUGCUUCUGCAAGCCACUGAUAAGAAAUGGAUCAAACCAAUCACUGAAGAAGGAGUUGUUCAUUCGUGUAUUUUCUUAACUAAUCGAAGUGUGUACCCCACAGCACCUCUGCAUAGAGCUCAAUCUACAUAAAGCGUACAAUAUAUUCUUCAGAUAACGCCAAUGCUGCUUUUCUCUAAGUAAAAUUUGGUUGUUGCGUUAACGAGCUUCAACACCAUAACACCAUCUUGCUUGGGUCUAGUUCAACAUAGCGUGUUCUGGAAUUUUUGUUGUGGAUCCAUCAAUUCCCACAGUAGGCACCAGUAAUUCAAUACCUUAAAAAAGAACACAAUUGCAGAUAUCCGUGGACUAGCAGUUAUUGUCGAUAAAUAUUAAUUAUCCUCAGCGUUAAUUUUUGAAGAGGAGAGCCAUGGAUGCCAGUGAUUACGGUGGAGCACCAAACAAACCCAAGGGAAAAUAUGAAGCAAUGACAAUUUGUUUCAUUCUUGGAAUUGGGUCCCUUGUUUCCUGGAACAGCAUGUUGACUAUAGGAGAUUACUAUUACACACUGUUUCCCGUAAGUAAUGCCUGGUUCUUUCAGUUUCUGAUAGGAGUUGACAUAACUGUACAAUGUCUUUAUUCACAACAAUAAAUGUUUCUCCUAUAAAAGAUGGGAAAUAGAAAAUUUCUAAUUGUGAUUGAUCGAUACUUCUUGAAAUAUGAGUUGCCUAAUUCAUUCUAAAGAAUCUUUGGUUCGACUCUGGAGAAAUACCAUCCUGCAAGGGUACUUACCUUGGUCUAUCAACCAUUUGCAAUUGGAACAAUGAUAAUACUGGCCUACUAUGAGUCGAAGAUCAAUACUAGAAGGCGGAAUUUGGCUGGAUUCACUCUUUUCUUCUUUAGCGCUUUCUUUGUUCUUGUUGUGGAUCUAGCAACAUCAGGGAAAGGUGGAAUUGGACCUUAUAUUGGUAUAUGUGUGCUUGCUGCUUGUUUUGGAAUAGCAGAUGCUCUAGUCGAAGGUGGCAUGGUAGGAGACCUAUGUUUUAUGUGCCCUGAGUUUAUCCAGUCCUACCUUGCUGGUUUGGCAGCAUCAGGGGCUCUAACUUCUAUUCUGAGAAUGCUUACCAAGGCAGCUUUCGAGAAAUCUAAUCAUGGACUUCGCAAAGGAGCAAUACUAUUCUUGGCAGUUUCCUCAUUCAUUGAAUUGGUUUGUAUCUUCCUCUAUGCAAUCUACUUCACCAAAUUGCCCAUAGUGAAAUAUUACCGUUCAAAAGCAGCAUUAGAGGGAUCAAAAACUGUUGCAGCUGAUCUUGCUGCUGCUGGAAUUAGUACAAAGACUAAAGAUCAAGGUGGAUAUGAUGAUAAGCAACAAGAGCGGUUGAGCAACAAACAAUUAUUUCAUGAGAAUCUUGAUUAUGCAGUUGAUUUAUUUUUUAUAUAUGCGGUAACACUGUCAAUCUUCCCUGGAUUUUUGUAUGAAAAUACGGGAACACAUCGGUUAGGCACAUGGUACCCAAUUGUUUUGAUAGCUAUGUAUAAUAUAGUGGAUCUGAUAUCAAGAUAUAUUCCCCUUGUGCCAUGGCUGAAGUUGGAAUCCAGAAAGGCUCUACUGAUAGCAGUGUUUUCUCGAUUCUUGUUGAUUCCAGCAUUCUACUUUACAGCAAAAUAUGGUGACCAAGGAUGGAUGAUUUUACUCACCUCCUUUCUGGGACUUACCAAUGGCUAUCUCACUGUGUGUGUUCUUACUGUGGCACCAAGAGGUUACAAGGGUCCAGAGCAGAAUGCUUUGGGUAAUUUGCUUGUCUUAUGUCUUUUAAGUGGCAUAUGUGCUGGAGCUGUUCUUGACUGGUUAUGGAUCAUUGGUAAUGGAACAUUUUGAAGAUAUCCUAAAUCUAUAUUUAUUGUCAUUAAUCAACCUUAUGGUUUAAGUCUUUCUAGAUAUAUUAAUAUAGGUUACUGUCUCUGAAUGAAUGAAUGAACGCUGUUAUUUAGUUAACAUUUGAAUGUUUUAAUAGUACAUAUAGUCUCAAAGCCAAUCUUCAACAUGUUUAUGUUGGUGCUGUUUAGAAGUAUCUAUCUCCAUUAACAAUGCAACCAUCCAUUUGCUUCCAUUUUAA